AUGGAGGAACAGAAUAAGCUUACACCUUGUUGGUUGAUGCCAUUGUUGCAAGCCAAGUUUUAUUCCUUGUGUGAGAGCCACGCCUCCAAAAAUACCUUCUUUUGUUUAGAUUGUUCGGGAUUGAUCCUUUGUGAAGGAUGCUUGAAAUCCAAUAAACAUAUGUCUCACCAAAUUCUUCAAGUGUACAAAACCUCACAUCAAGUGGCAAUUAAAGUUGAUGACAUACGUAACCUUAUUGAUGCAUCAAGUAUCCAAUCUUACAUAAACAAUGACUGCAAAGUUGUUUAUGUUAACCAAAGAGGGCAAACAGAACAGCGACCAAACAAUUCCAACUCUAUACCGAAGUGUGAAACAUGUGGUUGGCAAUUGCUUCCGGCCACAACUUCAAAGUUUUGUUCUAUCGAAUGCAUGAUCAAUAUUGAGGGGAAUUUCAGAAGGCAACCCAACAAAAUAAAGUGUGAAAGAAUGUCAUUCAAGCCUGUCAAUCAGUCUCCAUAUUCUUAUAGAAGGAGGAGUAGGAAAGGGAUUCCACGAAGAUCUCCUUUGUUUUAG